AUUUCUAUUUUGCCUUUAAAUCAGUAUGAAUGAUUGCAUUUUGAACAAUGAGAGAUUGCACUGCAUCCAUUUGUUGAGCUCCAUAAGACCAAAUUCACUCAUCUAGUGUUCUCAAAAAUGCAGAUCAAGUCAAGUACCUUGAGACAAGACAAACUAGUCUUUGAGAAACCUCCUUUAUUCGAACCGCUAGAUCCUCCUUAUCGUCUCUUAUGUGGUCCAGGUCCUUGCAAUCCACAUCCUAGAGUGUUAAAGGCACUCUCUAUGCAAGAGAUUGGACACUUGGAUUCAGCUUUCCUUCGUGUUAUGGAGGAAAUUAAGACACUCCUUCGAUAUACUUGGCAAACCAACAAUGAAUUCACUAUACCUGUUUCGGGUACAGGCUCAGCUGCUAUGGAAGCUUGUGUUUGUAACUUGCUUGAACCUGGUGACAAGUUUCUUGUUGGCUGUAAUGGUUAUUUUGGUCAUCGACUUGUGGAAAUGGGAAAACGUUAUGGUGCUUCAGUGGUUCCCUUGCAGGUUCCUUGGGGUCAAGUAUUUUCUGUUGAGGACUUGGAAGAACACAUAAGGAAGCACAGGCCGAAAGUUCUUGCCCUCAUUCACGCAGAAACGUCGACUGGUGCUUGUCAACCGUUGAAAGAGGCUGCAGAUAUAUGUCAUCAUUAUGAUUGUUUACUUGUGGCAGAUACAGUAACCUCCAUAUCUGGUGUACCAUUGCAUAUUGAUCAGUGGAACGUGGAUGCUGCAUAUGCCGGGAGUCAAAAAUGCCUCAGUUGUCCUCCUGGUAUUGCACCUUUAACUUUUGGUCCAAGAGCUUUAGAUAAGCUACGUAAAAGGCGCUGUAAUGUGAAGAAUUGGUAUCUGGAUAUGAACUUGAUAGCUUCCUACUUGAAUAAGGAUAGCAACCGUUCCUAUCAUCACACAGCACCUAUCAAUAUGUGUUAUGGAUUAAGAGAAGCGCUUUCUUUAGUCGCUGAAGAAGGUUUAGAACAACGUUGGCUUCGACAUGAAAGAAAUGCAUUGCAAUUUUGGAAAGGACUGAAAGAGUUGGGUUUGACUUGUUUAGUAUCUCAACAAUACCGACUUCCCACUCUAACUACUAUUCAGGUACCUCAGGGUAUUCAAGCUACUGCUGUUACAUCCUAUAUGCUUCAGAAUUUUGGAAUUGAAAUAGGCAACGGUUUGGGUGAAUUGCAGGGUAAAGUAUGGCGUGUGGGUUUAAUGGGUUAUAAUAGUAGAGAAGAAGUAGUGAAAACUUUGCUAAUAGCUCUACAAACUGCUUUAUUACAGCAAGGCUAUUCUUUCAUUCGACCUUCACUCAUGUAAAGGUUUGAAGAACAUCUCUAAUGAACAUCGUUGGAGACAAAGUUUCUUCCCAUGUUGUGGCAUUCUCUGAUCUCCCUUUUCA